GAAAAGAAAACACUCCACCAGGGGAAGGACGAGCCAAAGCUGCACAAGACCCUGCCUCCCGAGGGAGGGGAGAACAGCCAGCGCUGGUUUUCCGGUCACGUUGCGCGGUGUUUACGGCGGCGGAUCAGCUGCUGGCGAGCGCUCCGCCCUGUCCUCCUCCUUCCCCGGCGUUUCCAGGAGCUGGUGCGGAAUUUCCAGCUGCGAUACUGUUUACCCGGUCACCAUGGAGAUCUCAUCUCUGGAGCGGCAGCUGCAGAGCGUUCAACGAAACAUCGCCUUUUUAAAGGGGGAACACAUGGACCUACUGCAUGGGCUGCACAUGGAGAUCCUGCAACUGCAGAAACGCUGCACCGAGUUGACCUGUGAACUAACAUUGAAGUCAUCAAGAAACGGCCAAUCAGAGGACUGUGAACACCAGGAGGACUGUGCCCCCCUCGAGGCUGAGAUCAGGCAGAAGGAGCUGCAGAACGUGGCGCUGAGGAAGGAACUCCGCCACAAGGAGGCCCUGAUAGCGGCGCUGGAGGACAGCCUGCGACGGAGGGAGCGGCUCUUCCUCGAGGAGCUCAAGAGACGGAGUCACAGGAUGACCCUCCUGAACAGUGAACUGCAGAAGCAGUCGGAGACUGCGGCCCAGCUCGCAUUCCAGUUGCACAGCGUCAAACAGAAGCUGAGUAACUCCAGGCAAGGCGGUCGGCCUUCGGACAAGCCCGCCGAUAAAGCCAUCCCGACAUCUCCGGUGUACACCUCAGUCUCGCUGAGGAGGCACCAUAAAGUCCACUCGAAAGUGACCGAUAGAAUCUGCACCGAGAGCCAGCAGAGGCGCCGGGCAGGACUGGACGAGCUAGACCCCAUGCCCGACCCUGCGCUUUUCCUGCGGGCGAGGUGGCAUCACGGCGGGCGGCAGAGCCAGGCAGGCGGCUUGGCACCCGUCACUCACGAGUGCAGACUGGAGAGCGGAGGCCUCGCGCCUGCGCAAUCGCAGUCACUCGUGCCCAGGACUGUGGCGGAGAGCAGCUCAAAGUGCUCGAACUUUCUGGGACCUCCCGCCGAGACAGAGAUCCCCCUCACGGACGAGGAGAGCGCCGGCGAGGAUCUGCAAAAGGCGCGGGAGAGCGUUCGGAAGUAGAGCAACUCUUUGUCACGGGGUUAACGAUUAGAAGGAACUCGCUUUGAUCACUCGCGUCUUUUCACACCCCGAAACGCAUUCGCAUGCGAUGUUGGUCACCGUGCAGGCAAAUGCAGCAGCCGCCUUGCACCGAGCGAGGCCCCGCACAUAGCAACGGGGUGACCAAUCACCUGCCGCUCCUCUCUCCUGCCAUUCACUGAGGCUACAGCCCCAUCUACAACACCCCAAGCCGAGCUUCAGCCCCCGCGAAUAACAUUUUGGAAGAAACAGACUAUUUAAGGUGAAGAAUAGGCAAGAUGAGCAUAGGCAAGUAAUAUACAGAGCUUUCUUAUUAAUCUCAGGAACCUGAGCCUCUAUUCAAACAAAUCAGUGGGUGAUCCAGCUGCUUAAUAGUUUUUUGAAACUGUUGUGUUUAUCCAAACAAUCUCCCCA